AUGAUGCAGGCAUCUACCACACUGUGGCUUGGAGCGUUAACGUUGCUGGAUGAUCCACCUCAGAGUUGGAAGGGGCCUACAAGGCCACUGGAGAUCUGUCAUUUUAUCAACACCUACCGGGAGGGGAAUCAACAAGCCGCAGAGCUCCGCAAUUCUGCUUCCGGGGUUCUCUUUUCUCUCAGCUGCAACAACUUCAAUGCCGUCUUCAGCCGUAUCUCCACCAGAUUGCAGGAAUUGACUGUUUGCUCUGAAGACAAUGCUGAUGUCCACGACAUUGAACUCUUGCAGUACAUCAGUGUGGACUGUGCUAAGCCGAAGUGUAUUCUGCAAGAGACGGCCUUUAAAUUUAAAUCCCUCCAGAAACUUGCGCAGAUGGCAGUUAUCAAUAGUCUUGAAAAGGCAUUUUGGAACUGGGUGGAAAACUAUCCGGAUGAGUUUACUAAGCUGUACCAGACGCCACAGAUGGAUCUGGCAGGUUGUGCAGAGAAGCUGUUUGAUUUGGUGGAUGGAUUUGCUGAAAGCACGAAACGCAAAGCAGCCGUUUGGCCCUUACAAAUCCUCCUCCUUGUCUUGUGUCCAGAAAUCAUCCAAGACAUUGCCAAGGAUGUGGUAGAGGAAAACAAAAUAAACAGGAAGCUGUUUCUGGACAACCUCAAGAAGGCUCUUGCAGGCCACAGUGGAAGUAGGCAACUGACUGAAAGUGCAGCCAUUGCUUGUGUUAAGCUGAGCAAAGCAUCAACCUACAUCAGCUGGGAAGACAAUUCUGUCAUUUUCCUUCUAGUGCAGUCCAUGGUGGUAGAUCUCAAGACUAAAAUAACCGGGGCGCACAUUGGGUGUUUUAUAGAACCUGCUCUUCAAGCCUUUUUCGAGAAGCAACCAGAAUGCAGACAUAGACCUCAUGAUUGA